UCUCUCUCCCGCUGACAUCACGGUCCAGCUUUUAUAUGCUUAUAGAUUUCGUCUCACUAAAAUCUUAAACCCUGAAAUUGAUCGGCUGAGCAACCCUGAAAUAAAUUUCCGGCGAAUUCGUCAUGGCGAAGAAAGCAAAAGCCAUGAAGAGUGAGAAUGUGAAGAAGAAAACAAAGAAGAGCAAGUCCGGACCGAAGGCCAUUAACAUGAAGCUCAAAGCUCCAGCUCCCAAUCCUUUUGAAGCCAUCUGGUCUCGCCGGAAAUUCGAUAUCCUUGGCAAAAAAAGGAAAGGAGAGGAACGUCGAAUUGGCCUUGCACGCUCUCUCGCCAUAGAAAAGAGGAAGAAGACUCUGCUGAAAGAGUAUGAACAAAGUGCAAAGUCCUCCGUGUUUGUAGACAAGAGAAUUGGGGAACAGGAUGAAACACUUCAAGAGUUUGAUAAAGCUAUUCUUAGGUCUCAGCGUGAACGACGGCUGAACGUAAAGAAAAAAAGCAAGUAUAACUUGUCGGAUGGGGAAGAUGAGGAUUUGGAUGUUAGUUUCUCUGCAGGAAGGGAUGAUUUUGAGGAUGAAGUGCCACUUGAUGAAGAUGAUAGAAAGAGUGAGAAGAGGUCAGCUGUCCUGGAACAAUUUGAUUCUCAUGAAUCACGUGAUACACAAAAUAAUCUCAUUGAAGAAGAUGAAAAUAGGCACAAAUCCAAGAAAGAAGUGAUGGAAGAAAUAAUUUUAAAGAGUAAAUUUUUCAAGGCUCAAAAAGCAAAGGAAAAGGAAGAGAAUGAGCAACUGCUUGAACAGCUGGACAAAAAUUUCACUUCAUUGAUGCAGUCAAAAGCAUUGGUGUCACUAAAACAGCCAUAUAAAACUAAAGAUUCUUCAGAAAAGGAAACACACGAUGAUUAUGACGUGCUAGUAAGUGAGGUUGCUGAGGAAAGGCGUGCUCAAGCAUCAGAGUUAGCAAAGACAGCUGAAGAAAUUGCCCAAGCGGAGAAAGAGCACCUAGAAAGAUUGGAGGAAGAAAGAAAGAAGAGGAUGGUUGCUGCUGAUGAGUCCAGUGAUGAAGAUGACAAUGCAUGUGAAGAAGAUAAGGAUGCAUCUAUCAAAGCACCAAUAUCUGGGGAUGAUCUUGGCGACUCAUUCUCCCAUGAGGAAGAACCCAAAUCUAAAUUGGGCUGGAUCGAUGCAAUUUUGAAAAGGGAAAAUGAGGAUAAUUCUGAAAAUGAAGAUAAAUCAUCUACUGCUUCAGAAAAUGAAGAGGAAGACCUUGAAGAAGAAGAUGAUGAUGAUGAUGAAGGAGAAGGAACUGGCAAGGACGAUGAUGGUGAUGAUCUUGCAAAGUCUCAGACUGUGAAGGACUGGGAACAGAGUGAUGAUGAAAAUCUUGACACUGAUUUUGAGGAUGAUGAAGAUGACUUCGGAGAUAAUAUUGCCAAAGAACAUGAAGAAGUUAAUAAAACUAACUUGCUAUUAGAAGCAGAAGGGAAGGAAAAAUGUAAAAUCCUAAUAACUGAUAAAUCAAAACCAUAUCUGAAGCAGCAUUCAGCACAAGUAGAACUUCCUUAUACUAUUGAAGCUCCAAAGUGCUUUGAAGAAUUUACUUCUUUGUUAGACAAAUGCUCUGAUGAUCAAAUAAUUGAAGCAAUUAAGAGAAUUCGUACCUUCAACGCAAUCAAGGUAGCAGCUGAGAACCGGAAAAAAAUGCAAGUAUUCUAUGGGAUUUUAUUACAAUAUUUUGCAGUUCUGGCAAAUAAAGUUCCAUUAAAUUUGAAACUGUUGGAUUCGCUUGUAAAGCCAAUUAUGGAGAUGAGUGUAGAGAUUCCCUAUUUUGGAGCCAUAUGUGCUCGGCAACGCCUACAAAGAACCAGGUUUCUGUUGUGUGAAGAUCUUAAGAUUGAAGGGAAAAACUGCUGGCCUUCUACCAAAACACUAUUUCUUUUGAGACUUUGGUCUCUUAUUUUUCCAUCAUCAGAUUUCCGCCAUGUUGUUAUGACUCCGGCUAUGCUAUUAAUUUGUGAGUAUUUAACACGGUGUCCUAUCACGUGUGGCCGGGAUGUUGUGGUUGGAACUUUCUUAUGCUCAUUGGUGCUCUCUGUCACUAAGCAUUCUCUGAAAUAUUGUCCUGAGGCUAUAAUCUUCAUUCAAACAAUGCUACUUGCAGCGUCUGACAAAAAAGAAACGGGUUCUAAAAAUUCUCAGUUGAGUUCUCUUUUGGAGGUUAAAGGAGUGAGGCCUCUGCUUCAUAUGCAGAGUACAAACACAGAAAUUAAAGCUUUGAAUCUUGUAAUGCUGAUGGAGCUACCCGUAGAUUCCCCUUACUUUAGCUCUGAUGAGUUCAGAGCCAGCAUCCUUGUAGCAAUCAUGGAGACUCUACAAGGAUUCGUCAAUAUUUAUGAAGGGUUUAAUUCCUUUCCUGAAAUAUUCAUGCCAAUCACAAAACUUUUGAAUGACUUGGCAGUACAGAAGCAUAUGCCAGAUGCAUUGCAGGAGAAAAUCAGGAGUGUUACCCAAUUAAUUGAAAAUAAAAUAGAGGACACUCUCAGGCUGCGUCAACCUCUCAGAAUGAGGAAGCAAAAGCCCGUGCCAAUCAGAAUGUUCACUCCUAAAUUUGAAGAGAACUUUGUAAAGGGUAGGGAUUAUGAUCCAGAUCGGGAACGGGCUGAGAUAAGGAAGCUAAAGAAACGUGUGAAACAGGAAGCGAAAGGGGCUAUUCGGGAAAUUCGUAAGGAUAACCAUUUCUUAUUUGGAGUGAAGGAGAAAGAGAAAGUAGCUGUAGCAGAAGAUAGAGCCGAGAAGUUUGGGAAAGCUCUUGCUUUUCUUCAAGAACAAGAACAUGCAUUCAAGUCUGGGCAGUUGGGAAAAGGCAAGAAAAGAAGAAGGUAAAGAAGUUCCAACUUGGUGGGCCUUUUCGGUGGGACGAUCUGUGUUAAUCAAACACAUAAUGGACAUCUCGAGGCUGUCCAGAGCCAUGCUGCUCCUCUCUACCUUUUGCAGCUCAUUAGUUAUCAAGAGUUAUGAGUAUGAGAUGUAUUUCUAUGUUCUUUUUAUAAUGUUAUUUGUAUGUUCUUUAGUGUUUUAAUUUUAUGAAAAAUGAAACUCCUGCUUUAGAAUCAUUAUAGAGAUAUAUCUGUCGCAACUCGAAGGAAAAAACCCAGUUUUGACAGUGGAUCUUACUCACAGUUCUUGUCUUCUUGAUGUGGUAGGCUAGUUUGUGUUUAACAUUAUGUGGAGGGUGUUUAUUUCAGCUUUAUGAGAGG